AUGAAUAACAGCAGUGGUUUCCGAAACCUACUGUAUAGUCAAUGUCCCAUUGAACUUGAUUCACCUGAACAAGUUUGGUUCGGUAGCCAACCACCUGAGCCUGUUGGGUCCGGUAGCCAAGCUCCUGUUGGCGAGUCUGGUGAGCCGGUUGUCGAGCCUGCUACCAAAGAGAGGAGGAAAUGGAACCAGCAAGAGGAUUUAAUACUGAUAGGUGCUUGGCUCAACACUAGUAAAGAUGCAGUUAAAAAUACUGAGCAGAAAGCUGGUGCAUUCUGGAAGAGGAUCAUCGACUACUACAAUGCAAGCCCUCUUCUGGUUGGGACAGUUCCGAGAGAGCUUACUCCAGCCAAGCAGCGGUGGGCUAGGAUUAACGCAGAUGUCUCCAAGUUCGUUGGUUGCUAUGACCAGGCUAUGAGGGAGCAGAAAAGCGGUGAAAACGAUGAUGAUCUGAUGAAAGCCGCACUAGACUACUACUUCAAGGAUCAAGGCCACAAGUUUGGCAUGGAACACGCCUGGAGGGAGCUGAGGCAUGACCAGAAAUGGUGCUCAUCAUGUAAAGACAGUGGGAAGGAUAAGCGCAAACAUGUCGUGGAGGUUGAUAUAGAUGAGGAAGAGGGCAGACCGGUCGGGGUCAAGGCAGCGAAAGCUGCUUCUAAGAAGAAGAAGAGUGGGAAAGAAGAGGAGUUGUCGCGCUUACAAACCAUCAUGGAGAUUAAACAGAAACUCUCUAACCAAAAACUUCUUGAUCGUUUAUUAGCCAAAAAAGUGCCAUUAACUGAGAUGGAAACAUCACUUAAGCUGAAGUUAAUGUCUGAAAUGUUAUGA